UCCUCUUGCGUCCCCGUUUCGUCUCCUCUCAUAUCGAUGCAAGGAGAGGAAACGCUCGUUUUAUUUCGUUCGUAAGUAGUCCUCCAGUAACCUCACCAAGAAGGACAUCGAUGAGGACAGAGGAAUUAACCCGUGCUUGUCUCGAAAUUCGAUGACGGAAUCACCCAAUGAGCGUAAUUUAUCAAACCCUAAUCAGCCUCAGCCCGGUUCUUUUUGCGGUGUAUGUGCACCUCGCCUAAACGGGAUUGUAGCCUAUGCGUAAGGAAGAUUAGAAUUGCAUUAUGAACUUGAACACUUUGAUAAAAGUAUGGGGAUCAAUUGCUGGGUGGUCAUCUAUCGGUUUACAAUGAUAUAAAGCGCAUACCCGUAGUAGCUUGAUCAAUAGCCUAUCAUCUCCUGAAAUCUGCUCUUUGAAUUGGAAUACAAUUGUAUGAUUUGUUAACAGUCUAGCGUAUAUGGUCAGCAUGUGGACGCUCAUUUGUUCUGUCUUGGAAGAGACCCGUUCAUUCCUUGCCCCUGGAAGGCAAACCAACACCGGACCAUGGUUCGAUGCUCCUUGAAUAGGCUACUGACCCCUGCAUAGACCUGCUAUAGAAGGCUACGGCCCGGUGUUGGAAUUACAAUUGGAAUCAAAGAAAUGCUGUAAAACAAUCCAAUGGACAAUUACUCACAUCUACAACUGCAGUGUCUGGAGAUGACAACUAAGAGGAAGAUCAUUGGGCGCCUGGUGCCAUGCCGGUGCUUCCGGGGUGAGGAAGAGGUCAUCUCAGUGCUGGACUACUCCCACUGCAGUCUGCAGCAGGUGCCCAAGGAGAUCUUCAGCUUCGAGCGCACGCUGGAGGAGCUCUACCUGGACGCCAACCAGAUUGAGGAGCUGCCCAAGCAACUAUUUAACUGUCAGGCUCUCCGUAAACUGAGCAUACCUGACAAUGACCUGUCAAACCUGCCAACCACCAUAGCCAGCCUUGUAAACCUGAGGGAGUUGGACAUCAGUAAAAACGGUAUUCAAGAGUUCCCAGACAACAUUAAAUGCUGUAAAUGCCUAUCUGUUGUGGAGGCCAGUGUAAAUCCUAUUGCCAAGCUCCCAGAGGGCUUCACCCAGCUCCUCAACCUGACACAGCUCUUCUUAAACGAUGCCUUUCUGGAAUACCUCCCCGCCAACUUUGGGAGACUUUCCAAGUUACGGAUCCUGGAAUUGCGAGAGAACCACCUGAAAACGAUGCCAAAGUCAAUACACAGACUGUCACAGCUGGAGCGAUUAGACUUGGGAAGCAAUGAAUUCACUGAACUGCCUGAAGUCCUGGAGCAGAUCCAUAACCUAAAGGAGCUGUGGAUGGACAACAACUCACUGCAGACAAUACCUGGGUGUAUAGGGAAGCUGAGGCAUCUGCGCUACCUGGACCUGGCUAAAAACAGGAUUGAAAGCCUGGACACUGACAUCUCUGGCUGUGAGUCCCUGGAGGACCUCCUGCUCUCCUCCAACAUGCUGCAGCAUCUGCCUGACACCAUAGGAAUGUUGAAAAAACUCACAACAUUAAAAGUGGAUGACAACCAGCUCACCUCACUGCCUAACACCAUUGGAAGUGGACGCGCCAAAUUAGGUUUAUCGCUUUUAGAAGAGUUUGACUGCAGCUGUAAUGAAUUGGAGUCCCUGCCCCCAACCAUUGGCUACCUGCAUAACCUCCGCACGUUUUCUGCUGAUGAGAACUUCCUUGUUGAACUACCCAGGGAGAUUGGGAACUGUAAGAAUGUGACAGUCAUGUCGUUACGCUCCAAUAAGCUGGAGUUUCUACCUGACGAAAUUGGGCAGAUGACCAAGCUACAUGUUCUCAAUUUAAGCGACAAUAGAUUAAAAAACCUUCCGUUCACUUUCACAAAACUAAAAGAUCUUGCUGCUCUUUGGCUAUCAGACAAUCAGUCCAAGGCCCUGAUCCCUCUCCAGACCGAGGCCCAUCCAGAGACCAAGCAGAGGGUCCUCACCAACUACAUGUUCCCUCAGCAACCACGACAUGAUGAGGACUACCAGUCAGACAGUGACAGUUUCAACCCCACCUUAUGGGAGGAACAGCGUCAGCAGAGGAUGACUGUGGCCUUUGAGUUCGAGGAGAAGAAGGAGGAAGAGGACAACUCUGGAAAAGUCAAGGUUGAGAUCAAUCUGAAGCGCUACCCUACACCGUACCCAGAGGAUCUGAAGAACAUGGUGAAGUCAGUGCAGAACAUGGUGGGCAAGAACCAGCAUCCCCUCAGCACUAACUGCUCUGGUACCAAUAUGGAGUCACGAAAACAAGAACAGUAUGAACCCCCCUGGCCCAUGCCCCCCAAAGAGGUGAUGGAGAGAGAGAUGAAAGAGAGAGAAAGAGAGUUCAACAAGACUCAGAUGACAGAGCAGGGUGUAAUCCACAAUUCUGCCAUCGACAUCCCAAAGCGCAAAGACAAGGAGGAUCUGACUGAGAGCUCAGAGGAUUCUAUGGGCGGCUCUCCGAAUGACAUCCGUAUCUCUGAUAUGAGGCCCACCCUGGUGGAACCACCCAUGUACAAACCAAAAGUUGUAUUACUGGGGAAAGACAAGAAAGAAUCUAUAGAUGAGUCAGACCCAGACAAGAUGCAUUGCCUGAACAACAGUGGCUCGUCGGCCACCUACUCAGACUACUCUCCGUCCCAGGGUUCUUCUGGCUCUUCCAACCCCCCGGGGAACGGGUCCACCCUGCAGGCUGCUGGGAAGGAUGGAGGAGUGCCUCAACAACACUGGACCAACAGGCUGGCCCAGCAGUUCCCCAAGCCGAUCGAGACCAAGCCCCUACUGAGUCAGAGAGACCCCAGAGAGACCCUUCCCUCCAGCACACUGCAGCAGCGCAGCGAGCGGCGCCCCCUCAGCGACACCUUUGACCAGUGGAACGACUCCUCCCACUAUGACAACACAGGCUUCGUGUCUGAAGAGGCUCCUAUGGAGACUCCCAGUGGUAGCAGCAGUGGUAACCCCAUGCUGGGCUCCAAGUCCUGCAGCGCCUCCACCUCCCAUGGGGGCCGCCGGCCCCUCAUGAGGCAGGAGCGCAUCGUGGGCAUCCCCUUGGAGCUGCAGGAUGCCCCUCACCAACACCCCUCCCACCAAUUCCAUAAUGUCCGCAACACGCCCGAAACUGAAGUAUCUCAGCCUCCCCCUCCAAACCCGUGGCAGAACUGGACGAGGACGCCCAGUCCCUUCGAGGACCGCACGGCUUUCCCCUCCAAGCUGAGCUCCCCAGGCAACAGCCCCAAUCCUGACCGCAACGACUUUGAGCAGGAGAUGCAUCAUGGAGAGCUGCCGGGCACGUUCCCCUCCACAGGAACGUGGGGUUACCUAGACUCCAGGAACUCUGGGCAGGGGCGCAGCAGCCAGCAGGCCAACAUGUACCAACAUGUCCAAUCCAAGCCCACUAGACCAAGCUCUGGGGCCAUGGUGAUGAGCAAGAGCUCUGAGCGCCUCUCUCCCAUGAUGAAGGAGGUGAAGGCUAAGUUCAAGAAGUCUCAGAGCAUUGAUGAGAUAGACAUGGGCUCCUACAAUGUGUACAGUAUUCCCGUGGACACCUACAGCUCCAGCAUAGAGAAUCAGGGGAGUGUUGACCGUCCAGACAUGCCGGGCCCCAUGGAGCAGAGCAUGUCCCGGAGCCAGUCUGCUCCCAUGCUGGACGAUGAUGAUGCCUACGGAACUAAUAGCCAGCAGCAGAAGCCUUCCAUCCCCAAGAAGGUCUACCACUUCGACCAGAGCUUCAACCCUCAGGGGGCUAUGGAUUUGAGGAAUCAGCAGCAGGAGAGGAGGGCCCCUCCACCCUUCCCCAACACCCCUGAGUACGUCAACCAUCCGGGGAAGACCCUGCCCAAGGAGCUGGUGAGCCCCAGGGGCUACCGGGGUUACCCUCCCAUGGACCAGAUGUUCUCCUACUCUCAGCCCUCAGUCAACGAGGAGAACCAGCCUCCCCAGCAGCAGCAACCUUUCCCCAUCCCCAGUCAGCGCUCCCGGCCUGGGUUCCUGAGGCGGGCCGACUCCCUGGUCAGCUCCACAGAGCUGGCCCUGUUCCGCAGGGUUCAGGAGGCCAAGGAGAUGCAGCAGAAGUCGGACCACUAUGGCCGGCAGCAUUUCAAAGGCAUGUUGGAGCACCAGAACAGUCUGGCCAGCAUGGCCCAGCAGGAUCAACAGUACAACAAGAGGAACGGCAGGUACGAGGAAGACUACUCCUCCUACCAGGAGCCUAAGAAGCCCAUCACGGGCUACCCCACUAAGAGCCUCACACAGCGGCGGCCUCUGUCGGCCAGGAGUUACAGCACGGAGACGUUCGGGGCGUCCCAGGCCAGGCCUGUGUCUGCCAGACCCACCAUGGCUGCCUUGUUGGAGAAGAUUUCCCCAGAUUAUAAUCUGAGCAUUUGCACUGAGAAUAUAAAGAGCCCUGAUGAGAUGAAAAUGCGCACCAUGCAGCUGCAGCUUAAGCCUGACGAUAUGUCCUCUAAGAUGCCAGUAGACUGGAGGCAACAGCUACUUAGACAUAUAGAGGCCAAACGAUUAGACCGGAGCGCUGUCCUUAAGCACAACACAGUAAACUUCGGCAUGCUGUGCUCUGGAGGCUAUGCUGCACCGCAUGCCAGCAGAAGCAUGACAAUAAACUUUUACAAUAACAUGAAUAAGCAUGAAAACCAAACAACACAGUGGCUACCUCUACCCAAUACCCCCUCUCAACAGAGCAAUAUAUUGGACAACGGCCAGGAGGUGGUCUCUCCCACUACUCAGUGGGCCCCCUACUCACUGGGCAGGAGAGACGUGCCCCCAGAAAACAUCAUGAAAAAGCUUCCUGACUCUUUGCCUAACGGGUUGAAUUACCCACAGGCAGGCGGCCACCACCACCACCCCCACCAAUCACAGACCAUGAUCGUGACAUCCACAUCGGCCACACCCCCACACCGCUCAGUGCGGGACCAGCAGUAUGAGGGUGCCAUCAACAAGAUAUCCAUCCAACAGUACCAGUCUCCCCUGCCCAUGGCCACCACCACCCGUCCCCAGAGUGCACGCUGCCUCAUCCAGACCAAAGGCCAGAAGAGCAUGGACGACUUCCAGGAGCAGUUCUGUGUGCGGAUAGAGAAGAAUCCAGGUUUAGGGUUCAGCAUCUCAGGGGGAAUCAGUGGCCAAGGGAACCCUUUCAAGCCUUCUGACAUGGGUAUCUUUGUUACUAGGGUACAGCCUGAUGGACCGGCCUCCAACCUGCUACAGCCUGGGGACAAAAUACUGAAGGCCAAUGGACAUAGUUUUUUACACAUGGAACAUGAAACUGCUGUGUCUCUUCUGAAGAAUUUCCAGAAAACUGUGGACUUAGUAAUCUUGAGGGAGAGCACAAUUUAAAUAUUUUUUUAUAACACCAUUGCUUCUCUCCCAACGGGUUGUGGAAAUGUAUACAACCAGUUUUUAUCUAGGAACAGUGACAUUUGCCGAUUGCUGGACCAAUGGCAAGUACUAGUGCCAAAUGUACUAUAGGAUACAUAUCUUAUAACUUAUCUAUGAAUUUUAUGUAAACAGGAAUUGUAUCUCUUGAGUUGAUGUGAAGGAAAGUCAUUUUUGUCAUUCAGCCUGAGGCUAUAGGUUGGAGCAAUUUUCUUAGUUUUUAUUUGGACAUUUUUUGCGUAUUUAUAUUGCCUUUUAUUUUGUACCUUUUUCAUUGUAGCUUCUCAUUUUACUCUCAGAGCAUGAAAACACACUAGCUCUUUAGGAAUUCUAAUCACCAUAAACACUGCCUCAACUUUGUAUAUGCCGUGGGUAAAUAUUUUAAUUCACAAUAAAGACAUGAACAGUAGCGAGA